UGUCUUCGAAUUCUGAAACAGUGGCAUCGACCAGCAAGAGGACACUCUCCGUCGAUCGCCAGUUGGGCGGCGAAGGCUCUUUCGCUCCCAUCGAGUUCAAUGGGUCCGACUCGGGUGGAUAUCUGUCCGACGACGAGAAAGAGAACAACGCAUCGUUUGAGAAGUUUGUCAUGGGGCCUCUUGGAACUCCAGGACUUCGCUUUCCGCUGCGCAAAUACCUCAGCGAGGCCGCGUUUCCGGAUUUUAGCUCACCGACGCGUCCGCCGCUUUUGUACCUCAAGACGGUGCCCCGCGCCGCCCAGUGGCCUAAGUUUCGCCACCUUGUGAUGCCUACUGGUACCCGCACGUUGAGGGAGGUUGUUCACUUCCAGUCUUGGACCUUGAAUUUUCAGAUCAAAGAAAGGUUGGCCGAUUACAACGCAGCAAAACUGGCUUUAGAGGAGCCGGUCCCAGGCGAACCUAUGAGUCUCGAAUUCCGCCUUCCGCUCGAUCACGUGGUCGAUUUCGAGCCCAGAGACCUAGCAUUCUUCGACAACAUCAGGAACGAGGACGACAUGUUCAUUCUCUUCAAGCGCUACAUCCUCGACACCGCCUCAGAGGCUUGUCGUUUCAUGCAUCGUGCUCCGCCCAAGUCGCCCCUUGCAGAGAGCUUCAAGUUCCAUCCUGCGAACAGGCUUUGCCCCGCCCACCAUGCUCGUUGGGAUAUCUAUGCGAUGGGUCCUCAGCAUGAAUGGAGCACGAGCAUCCCCCUUAUCGUCAUCUUCGUUCCGCCCUGGGAGUUUGGCACCGAGGACUUCAAGCAGCUGGCCGCGUUGCAAAAGUUCGACCAUGGUAUUCUUGAUGUGUUGGACAGGAAGACUUACGUUGCCUCCGACGUCCUGUGGGCCAUUGCCUAUGAGGCCCUUCGAUCGGGCAAAGGACACAAGUUUGUAUUCACUAAUUAUGUUCAUUGGGCGUUCGGGUUCUUUGAUAAUGGCUAUACUCAAGCCAUCAUAUCCGACGUCCGUGAGGCCCGACUCAUUGAUGCUCAUGGCCGACUUGCACCAAUGGGAUUCCAGAGGGGUUACAGUGUCCUCGAAAUGUUGAUCUUUUGGAUGGAGUAUAAGCAUUGGCUUAGGUUCGGCCCUUCGCUUUGAG